CUAAAGGAGGGGGCAAAACCAAGGCGAGCUGGCGGCGGAUACCAAUGUAUAUCACAGUUUACGAAUCCAACGGCCACGAUCAACCCCUUCCUCUUAAUCCAACCGUCACAACUACAACCGCGUCCGUCGCCCUCAAAAUAAAUCUUCCUUGAGUGAUUGACAGAGAGAGAUAAGAUGCAAUCGAACGGCUCUGAUUCGAAGCCGCAGGAAGUGGAGAACCACAAUCAACGGCCGCAGCAGGGGCAGCCGCCGCCGUCUCAGUGGGUGGCGGCUUUGCAGUAUCGGGCGGCGGCGAUGGUAAUGCAGCACCAGAUGAUGCCACCUCAGCAUUACGGACCUCCUCCCCCGCCUCCGCUGCCGCCGCACUACGUGCCAUACCACCCGUACCAGCAGCGCGUGCAGGUACAACACCCGCAGCAGCAGGGAUCUGACGGCGGCGAGAAUAAGACGAUCUGGGUCGGCGAUUUGCACCAUUGGAUGGACGAGAAUUACCUGCACAGUUGCUUCGCUUCCACCGGCGAGAUCACCUCCAUUAAGGUUAUUCGCAAUAAACAUAAUGGUUUAUCAGAGGGCUAUGGAUUUGUGGAAUUUAUUUCACAUGCAACAGCUGAAAAAGUUUUACAAACUUUUGCUGGCAUUUUGAUGCCUAAUACAGAACAGCCCUUCCGUCUGAACUGGGCAACAUUUAGCACGGGGGAAAAGCGUUCAGAUAAUGUUCCUGAUCUUUCUAUUUUUGUUGGAGAUUUAGCCGCAGAUGUUACAGAUAGCUUAUUGCAAGAAACUUUUGCUAGUAAAUAUCCAUCUGUUAAGGCUGCAAAAGUUGUUUUUGAUGCCAAUACUGGCCGUUCAAAGGGUUAUGGUUUUGUGAGAUUUGGAGAUGACAACGAGAGAUCACAGGCCCUGACUGAAAUGAAUGGUGUUUAUUGUUCAAGCAGGCCUAUGCGCAUUGGGGCCGCAACACCCAGGAAAUCAUCUGGAUAUCAACAAUCACAAGGCGGAUAUGCAUCAAAUGGUGCGUCUGCACACCAGUCUGACAGGGAUUCAACAAACACAACAAUAUUUGUUGGAGGGCUUGAUCCUAAUGUCACCGAUGAAGACCUCAAGCAGCCUUUCUCACAGUAUGGUGAGAUAGUCUCUGUUAAAAUACCUGUUGGAAAAGGGUGUGGAUUUGUAAUGUUUGUUAACAGAAAUAAUGCAGAGGAGGCGUUGCAGAAACUGAAUGGCACAGUAAUUGGUAAGCAAACAGUGCGGCUUUCUUGGGGUCGCAAUCCAGCAAAUAAGCAGUCUAGAGCAGAUUUUGGCUACCAAUGGAAUGGGGCAUACUAUGGAGGAGGGCAGCUUUAUGAUGGUUAUGGAUAUGCUCUGCCCCCACCUCACGACCCAAGCAUGUACGCUGCGGCAUAUGGGGCUUACCCUGUUUAUGGCAACCACCAACAACAAGUAAGCUGAAGGAACUGCACUAGUAGUUCUAGAAAUUAGACACUGUCACGGUAGACUGGGCAAAAUUUGCCCUAUUUCUCUGUAACUUGGUUGGUUCUAUAUAGAAUUCUUAAGAAUCCCUCCAAUUGUGGAGUGGAACUGAAUUUUGACAGCCUGAAGUAAUUUUGUAGGGAUUUGAUUAAUUAUUUUUUAAGAAUCACGGGACAUAAAUGAGAAACUUAUUUGUUGGAAUAUAUUA